CUUCCCUACUGCUCUCUCCUUCAAGCUCUGUAGUUUCAGGAGAGAACGGAAGGCAGAGCUCGGAGCUCCACACCCUUACCCGAUAAACAUUCGAAUUGAGAAAAAAAUGUGCGGGGACGCAACAAACUGGGACGAAGAAGCGUACAGGGAGAGCAUAUUAAGGGAAAGAGAGAUCCAAACCCUAACCGUAUUCCGAACCGUUUGGGCUCCUUCCUUGAACCCUAACCCGGAAUGCGUCGUCGUCGCCUCCAGCGAUGGUUCGAUCGCUUCUUACUCCAUUUCCUCUUGCGUCUCGAAACUUCCAAUUGGUUUUUGCAGUGUUAGGGCUCAACGGUUGUUACCGGCUGAGCCCGAGGGAUUCCUUGAAGGGCACGAUGGACCUGCGUAUGAUGUGAAAUUCUAUGGCAAUGGCGAAGAUUCUUUGUUAUUAAGUUGUGGUGACGAUGGUAAAAUUAAAGGAUGGAGGUGGAAGGAAUUUACUGAAUCAGAGGUGCCUAUAACCUUUCAAGGAAAUCAUAUGAAGCCAGUGCUUGACUUGGUCAAUCCCCAACACAAAGGCCCAUGGGGUGCUCUCUCUCCAAUUCCUGAGAAUAAUGCCAUUGCUGUUGAUCCUCAGGGGGGAUCCAUUUUUUCUGCUGCUGGUGAUUCUUGUGCAUAUUGUUGGGAUGUGGAAAAGGGUGAAAUCAAAAUGGUUUUUAAGGGGCACUUAGACUAUUUGCAUUGUAUACUAGCUCGCGCCUCUUCCAAUCAGAUUAUAACAGGUUCAGAGGAUGGGACUGCACGAAUAUGGGAUUGCAAAAGUGGAAAGUGCAUUAAAGUAAUUGACCCACUGAAGGACAAGAAGUUGAAGGGGCUAUUCUCCUGUGUUAGCUGCAUUGCUCUAGAUACAAGUGAGAGCUGGUUGGCUUGUGGCAGUGGUCGAAAUUUGUCAGUCUGGAAUCUCCCUGCUUCUGAAUGCAUUUCAACUAUUUCCAACCGUGCAUCUAUACAGGAUGUAGUGUUUGAUGAUAAUCAAAUAUUAGCUGUUGGUGCAGACCCUGUACUCAACCGUUUUGAUAUGAAUGGAACGACACUUUCGCAGAUACAAUGUGCUCCUCAAUCAGCGUUUUCAGUCUCUUUGCACCCAUCUGUUAAUUCGAUUGUCGAUUCUUGUUCUGAUUACUUUUUAUGCCUUUAUGCAGUUAUGGCAGGAGCUGCACCAGAGGGAUCGCAAUUUGAUGCUCGUCAAUUUGAUAAUAAAAUGAACGACUUCCUUUCAGCUGAUGGACAGGAAGUUUUUACCUCAUGGGAUGAGGUUUAUGAUACUUUUGAUGCCAUGGGAUUGCAAGAGAAUCUUCUGAGAGGAAUUUAUGCAUACGGUUUUGAAAAACCCUCUGCAAUUCAGCAAAGAGGAAUUGUUCCCUUCUGCAAGGGACUUGAUGUGAUUCAACAGGCUCAAUCUGGGACAGGAAAGACUGCAACAUUUUGUUCUGGUAUUCUGCAACAACUUGAUUAUAGUUUGGUGGAAUGCCAGGCCUUGGUUUUGGCACCCACUAGGGAGCUAGCUCAACAGAUUGAGAAGGUUAUGCGAGCACUGGGGGACUACCUUGGUGUCAAAGUUCAUGCUUGUGUUGGUGGGACCAGUGUCCGUGAAGACCAACGCAUCUUAGCGAGUGGUGUCCAUGUUGUUGUUGGCACUCCUGGUCGUGUUUUUGAUAUGUUGCGGAGGCAGUCACUCCGUGCUGACCACAUUAAGAUGUUUGUGUUAGACGAGGCAGAUGAAAUGCUGUCACGAGGGUUCAAGGAUCAGAUCUAUGACAUUUUCCAGCUUCUGCCAGCCAAAGUUCAAGUGGGUGUCUUCUCUGCAACAAUGCCACCUGAGGCCCUUGAGAUCACCAUAAAGUUUAUGAAUAAACCUGUGAGGAUUCUUGUGAAGCGUGAUGAGCUCACGCUGGAGGGUAUAAAACAGUUUCACGUCAACAUUGAGAAGGAAGAAUGGAAGCUUGAGACACUAUGUGAUCUGUAUGAAACCUUAGCCAUUACUCAGAGUGUCAUUUUUGUGAACACUCGACGCAAGGUUGACUGGCUUACCGACAAAAUGCGAAGCAGAGACCAUACAGUCUCUGCCACGCAUGGAGAUAUGGACCAGAAUACAAGAGAUAUCAUCAUGCGUGAAUUUCGAUCUGGGUCAUCUCGUGUUCUCAUAACCACUGAUCUUCUUGCACGUGGUAUUGAUGUCCAGCAAGUCUCUCUUGUUAUAAACUAUGAUCUCCCUACGCAACCGGAGAACUACCUUCAUCGAAUUGGUCGAAGUGGACGUUUUGGAAGGAAGGGUGUUGCAAUCAACUUUGUUACGAGGGAUGAUGAAAGGAUGUUAUUUGACAUCCAGAAGUUCUAUAAUGUGGUUAUUGAGGAGCUGCCGGCGAAUGUUGCUGAUCUUCUCUGAAGAGAUUUUGCCAUCCAUUAUUAAUGAAGAUCGGAGCAAGUGGGAAGAUAUUUAGCAAGUUUAUUUGUUGUGGUUUUCCUCUCUUUUUUUUUUUUCUUCCUUUUUCCUUUCUCUUUUAGCCCCUUGUUUGCAUAUCUUGUUUUAUAGGCGUAGGCUCUUAAAUAUAAGGUGUUCGAAUAUCUAAUUAUUUAGUAAUUCUUGUACUUGCAUUUUGCAAUCUGUAAACCAUUUGGUAUUGUGGGUAAUUGUUGUUGCAAGUUGGUUA